CUUCACACUCACACCAUCCCGCUUUUAAUUUUAUGUGCCUAUCCCGCUCAAACCUUCUUCAACAUAUAUCCCUUCCAUCAUCUUGAUUCCUGGAUAACAAAUUGUUCUCAACGCGUGAUCAGAUUCCACAGGAUGAGAUAUAGAUAACAACUACGUAAUCAGAUUCCAUCACCUUUCCUUAAAAUAUCAUUAUAGGAGCGGCUACGGGAACCCAAGAGCUUUUUAUAAAUAAAGCCAUCUGAUCUCACUGAUCCAAGUACCAGCCAUCUUCAACACAACAAUUAAAGAGACGAUGUCGAACAUGAGUUUCCUCAAAUUUCAACAUGGUUCUCAUGGAAGUCGUCAUCUUCCCCACGAAAACACACCCACCAUAAACAGCAGCUUCAAGACAGCAUCAAGCCGACAGACUCGGGACUCUUCUUCGUCGGGAUGGAGCGUGCAGCCAAAGUCAGAGGAGCUAAGAUGGGUGUUUGCUAAAUAUGACACCAACAAAGACGGCAAGAUAUCCCAGGAAGAGUACAAGGCUGCCAUGAAGGCAAUAAACAAGAGUAUCUCCAACGAAGAGGCAGAGAAAUCAUUUCAGAUGAUGGACUCUGACGGAGAUGGUUUCAUCGACUUUAAGGAGUUCCUGGAGAUGUACAGUGGAGGAGGGAAAGUGAAAGAGAGCGAGUUGAGGAGUGCAUUUCAGGUAUUUGAUUUGGACGGUGACGGGAAGAUCAGUGCAGAGGAGCUGUGUCGAGUUCUGAAAAGGCUGGGAGAGUCCAGCAGCAUGAGCGCCUGCAUACAAAUGGUGAAGGGCGUGGAUGGAGAUGGUGAUGGUUAUAUAGACUUUGAGGAGUUCAACAUGAUGACUAGCGGCAGAAAACUCAUCUAACUCUGUCUGGAAGAUCAUCGCACGUCUUGUUAAAUUUGCGUGUUCCACUUUUUUAUUUUGUCUUGGUUGGGCUUUCGUUUACCUAGAUGUCUGACACGUACUGUGUUUAUAAAACUCAAAAUAAAAAUCUACACCGUUGCCCAGUUGAAUAACAAUAACAGUCUCACAAAACACAA